AUGGGUGAUGCUAUGAAAGCUGCUGCUAGUUCCGAAAAAGAAAGAGAAGAAGGAACUGAAGUUGAGAACAGUAAUGACGAAACAGAGACAGUGGCAGAACGAGCAAGAAAAAGAAAGGGAAAAGGCUGGAUGGAAUUUUCUGAGUUGAAUGUAUAUUAUUAUCCUUAUUUGAUUCAAGAAUUUUAUGGAAGUAUGAAAGAAGAAAGUUUUAGUGUGAGAGUUAAGAAGAAAAGUCAGAUUAUUGAUGUUGAUUUCUUAGCCUCUGUUUUAAACCUACCAAAUGAUGGAAAUAGGAUUGGAACCUUCAAAGAUUCUAGGAAGCUUGAUGGAUAUGAUGAGAAGGCAUUUCAAUUAUCAAUUUUUCCGGAGGCUAUGGGAGUUCAUUUGAGCAAAGAAAAGAAGUUUAGCAAUCCUAUCCCCAUUAAGGAGAUAUUCAAGGCUGAUGAUGGUAGAAAAAGGAGUAAGAAAGAAGACAAAAAGCAAGAAGAAGAGACUGAGAUUGAGAUUGAAUCUGAAUCAGAAUCAGAUUCUAAAACAGAAUCGGACAUCCCACUAAGCAAGUGGAAAGAAAAUAAUUCUAAGAUAGAUGAAGGGGAAAGCUCUAAAAAGAAAGAGAAAAUGAAGCUGAAAAUGUCAGAUUUUGUGAAAAUCAGUAAAGCAAAUCUGGACAUGAUGAAGGAAAUAAAAGAAAUGAGUGGACUGACCUUGAAUAUUUUAGAAAAAUCUCAUGAAUUGCAGAAGGGAAUUAUGGCUAAACACAAUGCAAAGAUGGAUAUGUUGAUUAAUAGAUUGGAUAGACAAGAGUGGUUCAUGAAGAAGAUGGCUCAAAUGCUGUUUGGUGAAUCUUUUGGAAAGUUUGGAGAUUUUGGAAGCUACCCACAGGGCACUGCUGGUCCUAGCAAUGCAAAGGCUACUGGACCAAGUGGCGUAAAAAUUUCUGAAGUGGAAGAAGAAGAAGAGGAGCAUGUAGAAGCUGCUGAAAAGGUACAAGAAGAAAGUAAGCUAGCUGAGGUUGAAGAAAUAGAGAAAAAUGAUGAGAAGGAAAAAUCAGCAGAAGAGGCAUCAGAAACAGAACAAGAACCUGCCAACGAGACAUCAAGAGAAUCCUCCUCAUCUCAUACUACAAGCAACAGCAGCAGUGACAAUGGAAAAAGUGAAGGCAGAAAUGGUUCAAGACAAGAAAAGGAGAAGGAAGAGCAGUCACAAGACCUAAACAUUGUUCCUACUGCCUCUCAACCAGUACCUGAAUCAACCAUCUCUUUACCCAUGCAAUACGGACCUAGAAGAACCAAAACACAAGCUAGAAAAUCAAUUCUACCUAUUCCUCCAAAAAUCCAAGUACCCAUAACUGAAAAAGAACCCCCAAAGAAGAAGAAACAAGCCAAACUUGUUGAUCCCACUCACCUUAGGAGAAGUGGCAGAAUUCUUAGCAACAAAGAAAAAUCUUGA